UGCAGGCGCUUGGGGAGUAAGGAGGGGAGGAGGGAGCUGUUUCCUGUACAUUUCAUAUAUAAGAGGUGAGAUGCACUUCUGGCUCACACACCUCUCACCAGUAUUCCUCAUCAGCUGUCCUCACUCGUCGCCAGCAUGCGUCACUUCGUGGUCUUGGCCGCUCUGGUGUUGGCUGUCUGCUUCCUGGCUCCGUCACACGCCCACCGUCCCUAUGGCGGUUAUGGCUACGGUGGUAAAUACGACAUUGGAGGUGGCGGUGGCGGCGUUGGAGGCGGUGGCGGCCUUGGAGGCGGCGGCGGCGGUAAGAUUGUAGGCGGUGGUGGUGAAUACAACAUUGGAGGUGGCGGUGGCGGCGUUGGAGGCGGUGGCGGCCUCUUAGGCGGCGGCUACGGUGAGAUUGUAGGCGGUGGUGGUGAAUACAACAUUGGAGGCUACGGUGGCGGCCUUGGAGGCGGUGGCGGCUACGGUGGACGCAAAGGUGGUGGAGGUGGAAGAAAAGGCUACGGAAGGUAAACUACUCCAACUUUACCGCGUACUCUACCCUCCACAGGACCAAGUUUACACUAUUAUAUUCCGGGAAAAGAAAGAAUUCAGAGGUUUACUUGAGAACCACAACAGCUUUGCGGAUCACAGAUGCCCAAACCUGCUCUACAGCGCCUGAUUAUAUUUUAACUGUAUUCAAAUACUUCAUCACAUAACUUGUCACUCAGUAAAAUAUAUCCAAAAUGUUAUUUUUAAAUUUUUGAUAAAAAAUAUCAGACGUGCUUUCUUUGUUUCUAUUUGUUUUAGCUUCCAAGAAUUUUUUUAAUUUGUUAUAAUGUAGUAUUGCAAUGUGUGAAAAUAAACUUUUUACUGCA